AUGAAGGGGGGCGGACUGCUUAUUCCACCAUGGUUUGAAUACCACGAGCCAAGUUGCUCUGACUGGGCGAUUGUCAGCAUCACCUUUGGCAUGACUCUGUGUCUGGCAAUUUUUGGUCUCAUUCGUGUGGGUAUUCAAACUUAUCAUCAAUGGAAACGCGCACAAAGAAUCACAACGUAUAUGGUCUUGAUAUGGCUUGAAUUGGUCUCCAGCGCCAUUAUUGGAGGUCUUGGCUGGGGUUAUGUUCGAGGAACUAUUCGUCCAGGGUUCUUGAUAUAUUUCUUCAUCUUGCUCCUUUGGGUAUUUCAAAUCCAUUGCAUUAUGCAAAUCAUUGUCAACCGAAUAGCCCUUCUCCACGUUUCACCGACCAUCGUUCGACGACUAAAAUGGGGAAUAUUUGUUAUCUUGGCACUUAUUAACGUUUCAGUCUUUUGUAUUUGGAUACCGGCUCGACUGCAAAUUAGCCAGACUUAUAUCGAUAUCAACAACGUUUGGGACCGAAUCGAGAAAGGGAUUUUUGCGGUUAUUGAUCUGGCUCUGAACUUCUACUUUGUCUAUCUUGUCCGCUCGUCCCUCAUAUCAUACGGCCUAACCAAGUAUGUGGUGUUGUAUCGCUUCAACCUGAUUCUGAUCAUUGGGUCAAUGUCACUACGGAAUACGUUUCUAUACGUCGAGUUUCACCCACUUGCAUAUCUCGUGAAGCUUCAUAUCGAAUUGUCCAUGGCCGAGCUCAUUGCCAAGAUCGUCAAGGCCUCCGGGCCCAAUCUCGCUCCUUGUCGUUGCACUUGCCACGACAAUCCCAACCACACAUUCCUACAUCAACUACAAUUUCGGCACAGUGCACCUGCAGCUCACAAGGUGACUGCACCAACUACUGGAAGAUUCCGUCGCUCUUGGCCGAUGUCAAAGGCCACGCGUAGCAGAGAGAAGCGCCGUGGAGGAACCCGAUCACAAACUCCGUCUUUGACCAAGAAGAUGGUUUCAAAGAAGCGACAAAGUAGCGAAGAAAACCAGCCGAAACAGGAAGUCUGGAAAUCUGACACCAAUACCGGCACAGACUGCGCCUCCCACCACUUGCCGAGUUCUACGGGACAAUCGAACCAAAGCUCACACGAUCAUAAUGACUGA